AAAGUUUUCUUUCAACCAACGCUGGAGUUGACAUAUUUGAUCCAGUAGAAAAUGAACCAUUGAUAAAUAAUGGGGAUGAUAUUAGCACGAAUGAGCUGGUUACCAUUAUUCCACAAGCAAAUCUCAUAGAUAGCGUACAUUUCGAACCAUUUACUAGUAAUAAUAACAAUAAUUUUGAUAUUGCUACUGAACAGUUUUAUUGUGGUGCAGCAUCAUAA